AUGGUUGCAUUGACCUCUUACUCUGAAGAUGGAACUCCAAGAUCAACUUCCACGAUAUCUCUUCAAGUAGUACAUGCCGAGCUUUUUGAGCCACACAAACCCUAUGAAUAUUGCACUCCCAUCUCAAGGAAUAUCUUUAGGGGAGAUGAUGACGAUAUGAUGCCGUUCAUCCCAUAUGCGGAUGAUCCAACCUUCGACCACGUAGAUCAUACACUGUGUUAUGGCUCCUUUGCAUGGCAAGAUGAUGACUAUGAUCCAGAUUUAGAAGUUAUUUCUUUAGAGGCAGCCUAUCGCCUCCGUACGGUUCACAGUCUACUGUAUCAGGAUACAGAUAGCACGGGGGUCCUUCCCUUCAAGCUUUUCUCAACUCCAGGAAAACCUGGACUGUUUACCCUGAGUCGUCGUCGUGAUCUACUCAAAUGGAACGGGACCACCAUUCCUUGUCCCUACAGCUUUCCUUCUUCAUUGCCAUCUCACGGUAUUCUUCAACAUCGGCUUGAGCUCACUCAUGCAUUGUUUUGUCCUAACCUCAACUGUAUUGAGCCACUGUGCCCUGUUCAUGUUGAAACAAACCCCGUGUCACCAUCCCGUAAGCAGACUAUCCGGCUGUCAGAGCUACUGAAACGUGUAGAACACCCCUGCGAUGCUGGCUGCUUCUUGCAGAGCAGGACGGUCGAGGUACUCCCUCGCUGGAGUGAAGAUGACAUCGAUUCGUUCAAGAGCAUCUUAGAUAUUGAGCCAGAUAUGAUACCUUGUGACCAUGCUGAAUUGUGCUUCAAGCCCUGCCAUGAGAUCCUUUAUUAUCGCAGAUUACUAUAUUCAGAUUUCGACGAGCUUCAAACUGAGUGCCCAAAUGGGGAACGCAAGGGGAAGUCGCGAUCUCUGGAAUUUCAAGUAUCGAAUGCUGUACUGGAUACUUUCCACAGGAACGAACCUUGUCAUCACUCUGGACCAUGCGAUGUUUUAUCUGACUGUUUAUGUUUCAAGAACAAGGCUCAUUGCCAGCGAAACUGCCGUUGCCCUGGAAAAUGUGCUCGGAGAUGGAAAGGUUGUCGCUGUGCCAAAGCACGCGAUGGGAUGAGCUGUGUGAAGGUCAAGCGAUGCUCUUGCCUCAAAGCUCGACGUGAGUGUGAUCCAGAGCUUUGCGUAAAAUGCGGAUUCGAAGACCCGGAAACGAGUACUUGCGGGAACUCGCAGAUUCAACAAGGUCAUUUCAAGAAACUGGAGGUCAAGGAAAGUCGUUGGGGUGCAGGUGUAUUCAUUCUCGAACCGGCCAAACAGGGUGAAUUGAUCGUGGAAUACGUCGGGGAGCUUAUAUACGAAAUGACAUUUGACAGCCGCGGAGAGGUUGCAGAGCACCUUGGACGAAGUUAUGUCUUUGGUCUCAACAACACGCUAUCCCUGGAUAGUUCGCGUGCAGGCAACAUGUCAAGGUUCAUCAACCAUUCGGGCUCUAGUGGCGUCGGUAGCGAAACGCAGUGUAAUUGUCGCGCUUUUGCGCGACUUGUGAAUGGAGAACACCGUAUAGGAAUAUUUGCGAUAAUGAACAUUGACGCUGGGAGCGAGAUCCUCAUUGAUUAUGGCCCAGUGUUCUUCCCGGACCAAAAGAAGAAUGCAGAGGCCUCGUAA